GCUUUGCAGGAAUGGCACGACUCAAAUUGGUAUGGAAGGGGACUCAAAGCUCCUUAUAGAUUUCAUCAUGGAGAAGUGUCAAUUGUGGCAAUCUGGAGAGGGCUUUCACUAUUACCAACAUUUCCCAAACAUUUCAUCACGAAAGCUUGUUUCUUGCAGAUUCCUUACCCUGGGGCAUUUCAUCACCAAUCUGAGGUACAGCUUUGAUUAUUCAGUGGUUCACAAAAUCAAACAGAACUUGGAGAAUCAAGUUCUUCCGCCUUCAGUUAUAAAACCCUCUCAAGGGUAUACUAGUUUUUAUGAACUGUUCUACCUUUUGCUCAAGGAGGAAGAUGUUUGAUGGCAAAUUGGCAAUUGAUAUUCAAGUGUAGAUCAGUAUACUUCUACAAAAAGAAAAUGUCCCAAACAUUUUCUCUGGAUCACAAAUUUACAGUACAUUCACAUUUGACGCCAUUCAUCAUUCUAGCUAGUGUGUGCA